AUGGACACUUCAACAACGGGUGUUACAGGUAAUGUCAUCAACUUUGAUCCGAUGGAAAGCAAUGAGAAAACUAUCAACACUACCGACGCCGAGCCAAUUUCGACAACGAAUGCACAGGCGGAUGGAGAUGAACCAGAGUAUCUUGGACCGUGGGAAUUGUUCCCUAUUGCGAUAGCAAUGGGACUCGCGAUUUUCAUUAUAGGUCUCGCAAGGACAUCGACUCCCACCAUCUCGAAUGAAUUCCAUGCAUUGACAGACAUCGGGUGGUAUGGUUCAGCAUACCGGCUCACAACAUGUUCAACGCAGUUUUUCUAUGGGAAACUCUACGAGCAAUUUCGAGUGAAAUGGGUUUUGGCCAUGGCCGUAGCCAUCCUCGAACUUGGGUCCAUCGUGUCUGCCGCAGCACCCAGUUCAACUGCAUUCAUAAUUGGAAGGGCUAUUUCUGGUUGUGGCGCUUCCGGAAUUAUUACUGGAGUUUUUAUCGCGAUCGCUCAUUCUGUUCCACUUCACUUAAGACCAAUUUACAAUAGUACGGUUGGAGCUCUCGAAUGCAUUGCAUCUAUUGUAGCACCGGUGAUUGGAGGUGCUCUGACAACAUAUGUCAGCUGGAGAUGGUGCUUCUGGCUCAAUAUGCCAGUAGGUGGGUUCACGAUUGUUGUUCUUGUUUUUUUCUUCAAGAACUCGCAGAAUCAGAAAAUUAAUGAAGGUUCCGUCGUUUCCAAACUCAAGCAGCUUAACUUUCUCCAUCUUUUUGUAUUUUCUGGAAGCAUCGUGUGUCUAUUACUGGCUCUUGAAUGGGGUGGCACCACUUACAGUUGGAGUAGCGGAAGAAUUAUUGGUCUUUUGGUGGUCUCCGGAGUUGCGUUUGCGGUUUUUGUUGCUCUAGAGGUGCUGCGAAGAGAAAGCGCCAUUAUCCCCCGGUCUGUCUUAUUUAACAAAACUGUAGGACUAUGCGUAUUGUAUGCAUUCUGUGCAUCGGCGGCUUUUAACCUCACAGAUUACUUCUUGCCUAUCUGGUUCCAAGCAAUCAAAGAUGCCUCACCAGCUAAGUCUGGACAGAUGCUUCUCCCGUCUAUUAUUUCCCUCUCCGUUGCUGCUAUCAGCUCUGGCUUCAUCCUCUCUGUUAUUGGCUACUACACACCUCUCAUGUUGCUUGGGUCUACCAUGAUGGCUAUCGGGUUCGGCUUCCUCACAAGCUUCAAGCCAAACACAGGACGCUCCGCAUGGAUUGGGUGGCAAGUCAUGUAUGGUAUCGGAAUGGGACUGGCGAUCCCCCAACCUUGGUCGGCUAUCCAAACUGCGCUUGCUGUGGAGGAUAUUCCUGCUGGGAUGACAGCUGUUGCCUUUGCCAUCAGUACCGGUGCUGCGCUUUUCAUCUCCAUCUCACAAAACAUUUUCAUGAACCUCCUUCGACAAGGCCUUUUGAACAUACCUGAUGUAGACGUUGACAGUAUCAUCAAACAGGGGGCAACAAAUCUCCUGCAAACUGUACCCGCAUCAGAUAAGUCACAAGUGAUCGAUGUUUAUAACUUUGCGGUCACAAGAACCUUUUGGAGUUGUGUAGCCGUGGUUUGUUUGGGAAUGGUGGCUGCACUAGUCAUGGACUGGAAUUCUGUCAAAAAGGCCGAGAGAGAUGAGGAUGUUGGAAAAGAACGUAGCUAG